AUGACUAUGACCGAUAAGGUGGUGACUCCUCCUAAGAGGUUGACAGCUCAGGCUGUCAGCGGACUUUUAUCGAAGCAUCCAAACUCGCCUGUAUAUCUCCAAAUCACUGUAAAGAAGAAUCCUGGAAAGGGAAAGCCUCUGGAAGGCAAUAAGAGAGUUUCAUCGCCAGUCUUGAUCUCUCUACCACAUAGAGCAAGAGAAAAGAAGUUAAAUGAUAUGACUAUAUGUUUAAUUGUCAAGGACCCACAACAAAAGUUCCAGAAAGUGCUUGAAGACGACAAAAAUUCACCCACUCAUGACUUGUUCACAGAGAUUGUUUCCAUAUCAAAACUACGGUCGCGAGUAGCUGCAUCAAAACCAUCAUCUAAUUCUAAAAAAGCCCAAAUUUCCAUUGAAAAGUUUGAUCUGAUUGUCGCACAAGCCAAUAUUAUUCAUCUGCUGCCUGAUACUAUACCUGCAUCACUAUACAAGACUGGCAAGACCGUUCCAGUGCCAAUUCAAAUCACAGCUAAAGAUCCAAAGCUACCAAAAGGGUCUCAAGAAGUUAUUGAUCCGCGAUUAGUUCUGUAUCAGAUGAAAAAGCUUGUUAACAAGUCCACAGUUCUGGUGAUUCCGAAACAGGGAAGUACCUGCUUUUCAGUUCUGGUUGGAAUAUCUGACCCCGACACCAUGUCUAAACUAAUCGACAAUAUAAAUACUGCUAUUGACGGUAUUGUCGGAAACGUAGAUGCUGUCGGGGGAUGGUCAAAUGUAGUCUCUAUCCAUAUUAAGACUGCUGAUAGCAUUAGCUUGCCUGUAGUUGAUCUUUAA